CGUUGGCGUGUGAUAAAAAUACGUUAGUAAUCAAUUGCAAGCCCAACUGCCAAGACACGGAAUUAAGACGCGCCUUCGCCGUUGUCGUCGUGGUUUUACAAUCGCUAAUUUAGUCGUUUUCAUAAUAAUCAUAUCUAGUAAGCAGCGUACAACAGCAGCCGUGUUGUUGAAAAUCAUUAAAAAGUGUUGCAAAACUAAGAACUCCGAUUGAAUUGAAAACAAUUGUUAAUAUUAUAAACAAUAAAUUGCAGUAACGGCACAGCGCGUAUACCUGCUAUUGAGUGGAUAAUUUGCAGUUAUUUUCAAAUUUUUUGGUAUCAUUGCCAAAUUUUGCUGUAGAACGACAAGCAACCAAAGCGUUUAACCCUAAAAUUUGUUUAUUUUAGUCAAGGCAAACGCUUCGUAGUGCUCUUAGCUGAUUAACUGAUUGCAGUCAACCAUCACCACCAAUAGUGCUCAAAUUUACCCACACACACACAUAGCCACAGUCACAUUAUGAGGCAACAACACUUAUUUGCAAUCGCCGCCUGCCUGUGCAGCGCCGCCGUAGUGCUCGUAUCCGCUGUGCCGCUGCCUGCCGGCAACCAGGAAUUGGAUGUGUUACAGAUUCCGCUUUCAGACGGGAAGGAAAUAGAUGUUUUGACACUUGGCGCCAAAGAUCAGGAACAAAUAAUUGCUGAACGAAAUAAACGAACGAUUGGUCUACUGCGUGAACUCUUCCCCGACAUCACAAAGAAUGGUGCCACCGACACACAAAUCGAUUUAUCGGCCAUAAAUAAACAACUUGAGGAGACAAUACGUGUGGCACGUCAAGUGAAGGAAGCCGAAGCUGCGGCACAAGCUAUUGCCCAACAACAACAACAGCAAACACCAUCAUCUCUGCCCGCACAAUUGCCGAUACCCAGCAAAACUGAUCCGAAUGCGCCCAUACAAUUGAGCUUCAACAAUGAAGCACGCGAUAGCUCAAAGCCCGUCAAUAAUGAUCUUCGUCUCACCGAAUCCAAGUCGCCAGCCAUUGAUGAGCUCAGUUUGGACUCCAAUGAGGAUGCAGCCGAUUUAGAUGAUCGCAACAAGAGUAAUUUGUUCAAAAGGUUCCUGAGCUUCGGGGGAGCUGGCGUAGCGGGCGGUUCGAGCGGCAACUCUGGUAGCGCCACACCUGGUUCGGGAAAUUUCCUCUUUGAUAUCAUACGCUUGUUCUCGGGCAGUGUCCAAACACAGGCUGGUGAUGAGGCGGCUAAUAGUGCCAACAGUGUGAGCGGUGGCGGUGAUGCUGAUGGUGAUAGCGAUGCGAAUCGUGCUGCCGAUGGCUACACGGAGGGUAUUCCCGGGCCGGUUACACGCUUGGUCGUGCUGGCAAACCGAGGCUUGGCCAAUCUGAUACAAGAUUUGAUAUUGCGUAUUGCGGCAACCAGCGAGAAGUUCGUCAACUUCAAGGCCAAACUUAUCACAGCGCUUAUUUAAAUCAACACCAAUACGCAGCUACAGCUGCCUUCAUAUCACAAAAGAAACUGCCUUUGUCCAUGCUCAAUACUCUUAUAACAUUAACAUGCAUGCAUGCAAACAUACACAGCGAGAAAUCGCUUUAGCAAACUCAUAAAUUAGUUGAAAUUGGAAAUGCCAUUAAAUCAGACAGAAUCCUCAUGAAAGGGCAGCAGAUACAUAUACGAAAAGCCGUCAAAAACAAAUUCAAAUAUUGUAAAAUUGUAAUAUUUAGAAAAUUAAUCACAAAUAUUUAUUCGAUAUGUACGCAUGCGCCAAAAGCAACAAUUAUAACUUACCAGUUGAAAAGGCAACACACGUACACCAAUUAUAUAACCUUAAAACUACCGGCAAAAACGAUAAACUGAAGAGUAGUCAAAUACAAUCUAUCUGCGAAAACACAAAUAACAGCAAUGAUAGACGCUUGUAUAACUUUUCUCAAUGAACUAAACGGUGAUAGCAAGUGAAUAAAAAAUGUACAUAACUUGUCAACUGAACUCACAUGGAAGCUUGCGUGAAAGCUCACAUGUAAGCUUGUGCACAAAAAAAAAACAAUUUUUAGUUGCAUCAGAUUUUCAAAGCGUGAAUGCAGUAAUGCGUUGUAAAGAGGCGUAAAGCUCUAAAAAAAUAAUUGAUAUUAUUAUUAGUGUUUAUAAUGGCUAUAACUUCAUUUACUUUUCUCAACUUUCGCACAAAAAUUCAACACAACUACAACAACUUCCAACUAUUGUAUUUUAUGUACAUACAAAUAUCUUACUUCCAACUCUUAUUUACUCUUUUCUUACAUAUAUACUCUCUUUAUAUAUUACAUGCACACAUAUAUACCUUUGUAAAAGAAACUUUAAAUGACUGUGGUGUUUAAAUAGCUACUUUAUUUAAAUUGUAUGUUUUUGUUUAAGGUUAAAAGUCUUAAAGAAAAUUAAUUUUGCGAAGCUCGAUCUACUUGCAACACCCCAAAGUGUUUGCUGCAAAAGCGCAUUACUUGUCAAAAUUCUUGCUUUAUAAAUGUUGUUAAUUAUUAUUUGGCAUAAAUAAUUUACGAAAUCCUAUAUAUAAUUAAUUUAAGCAUUUUUAUUUACAUAUACAUAUGUGGUUUUUAGU